AUGUCUGGUUCUCCCGAGGGCAUUUACGAGCCGGGGAUUGUAGACCCCAAGACACCUUUACCGAAUUAUACCUCUCCCUAUUGGCAUAUAUCGCCGCACAAACAUGCCAAUCACCAAUCGGCUUGGCCGAAGGGUAUUGUCGACGUGGUUAUAAUCGGGUCCGGUAUUUCAGGCAUGACUCUCGCACGCACAUUUGUCAAGAGAAACGUAGGACUCGAUAUCGUGCUCGUCGAUUCGCGGCAACUUUGUGCUGGAGCCACGGGUCGAAAUGGCGGCCACAUUAAGACGAUGACUUUUGCAAUGUGGGCGGAACGUAAGAAGAUCUUCGGCCUUGAAGAAGCAAUUCGAAUCUCUCUGUUUGAAGACAGUCACUUGGAGGCCAUGGAAGCCGCCAUGAUCAAAGACGGUAUUGACGCGGAUUUGGUCCUGACGGAGGGGGUGGAAGCAUACUAUGAUCAACCUACCUUUGAUCGAGCCGUGAAGGCCCUCGAAGAAAUGCGAGUGCAUAUUCCCCGACUGGCGGCCAAACACAAAAUAUACACCGAACUCGCCCUACUGCAGAGCGACAUGAAACUGUCAUCUCGCUGCGUAGGUGCUAUCGGUGUUCCAUCAGCAUCGGUAUGGCCAUAUAAGUGGAUCACCGGCGUUCUAGGAGGCCUCAUCGAUACCCAAAAGAUCAAUGUUCAGACAAACACUACGGUGACUUCUAUUCUGGACAUUGAGACCUCUGAAUAUGCCAUUAUCCGUACUAACCGGGGCGAACUGAAAGCCAGAAACGUGAUCCAUGCCGAGAAUGCAUGGGUUGGCCAUCUCAUUCCGGAACUUCGACCAUUCGUCUCUCCUGUCCGAGUCAAUGUAGUGCACUUUGGAGCUCUAUCAGAUGACUCUAAUUUGAGCGUUGUUGAUAAAUCGCCGUUCAAGUUGGAUAGCAAAUAUUCUCUCUGGCUACGAUACGGUGAAAAGGAUUACGACUAUCUCAUUCAGCGCAAUGAUGGAGGCCUUGUCGUCGGACGGGCAUGUACUGGGCGCAAAACCACAGCUAAUGAUAGCAUGACGGACAUCGCACCAAUGCAGCAUCUGCGUGGAUUUGCCGAAGAAGCCCUUGCAUCUGCACCUGCGGGUUCAUCUUCUCAUAUCGAUCGACAGUGGUCUGGAAUCGUCGCAUUUACUCAGGAUGGGGUCCCAUUUGCCGGUCGCUUGCCAUUUGCCGGGCGUAAACAUCAGUGGGUUUGUGGUGCUUUCCACGCUACUGGGAUGAUCAAAGCCUUUAGGACAUCACAGGCCGUUGCUUCAAUGGUUCUCGGUGACGGUUUCAGUAGCGAUUUCCCUCACUCUUUUCUGGUUACGGAGGAGAGGAUUCGCGGCCUCAAAAAGUCUCUAGAGGUGGGAGGUUACCCAAUCCAUGUCCAAAGGCCAAAUCUUUGA